AUGCGCCCCGAAGGCUUCUACAAAAAGGAGGACAUUCUUGAAUGUAUACAUAGAAAAGCAGAUGACAAAAAACUGCGACACUUUUCAAUCAGUCGAUAUGGGUUGGUGGAUAAUGAUGUUAGAAAGAUUGUAUGGCCAAUUUUAGUGAGAGGAGAUUGCGAACUACCAGAUAUAGAUCCUGAAAUGGUAAAACACCAUCCAAGCUAUCAUCAAGUUAAAUUAGACACAUGUCGUAUGACAAGUUUAAUGCCUAAGAACUCAAAUCCCGAAGAAGUUGAAAGUAUACAACAAAUUGUUACUCGUCUAGUGAUUUCCGUAUUAAUGGAUAAUCCUUCUUUACAUUAUUAUCAGGGUUUUCAUGAUAUCUGUUAUGUAUUCUUUUCGGUUCUGGGUGAAAAAGAAUCUCGAAUGUUGCUCAAUAAAUUAAUCCCAACUCAUUUCAGUUUGUUUAUGCAGAAAUCUAUGGAUGUAACUCUAGAAUACAUGCAAUUGAUAUUCGCCUUGUUAGAACAUGUUUCAACUUCUGUACUGAAUAGUAUAGAAUCUGUUGAGUUAGGCCCAGAUUUCGCUAUUGCUUGGAUUAUUACUUGGUUUGCUCAUGUUCUACCUAAUAUGGAUGAUGUCAGACGCCUGUUCGAUUUAUUUUUAGCAACAGAUCCUAUCAUGUUGGUUUAUGUUUCAGUUGCUAUAAUUACUAUCAGUGCCAAAGAAGUGGAAUCAACACCACUGGAUUUUGCUCUUUUGUAUCAAACACUUGCACGUCUACCUAAACUACAUCCUGUUGAGGAACUUAUCCGUGAAGCUUUAAAAAUCUACAUUGAUUUAGAACCAGAUAAAUUGGUUGAAUUAGGCAAUAAACGUAUUCUAAAAUAUCGUGAGCAAAAAUUACUAAACCGAUCACCAAUAAUACGUCAACCAUUUUCAAAAUCUACAAAUAAACAUAUAUUAUGGGGAUUAGUUACGCAGCAUCAAAGAACUAUUUUCUCUCUUGGUCUUAUCGUCAUUGUCAUUAGUUAUUUAUUAAAUAAAAGUUUAAACGACUAG